AUGCUGACUCUCCUACUCCUCCUAGGAUAAGGCUCUGUGCUUGGUGCCCUCCUCUUUCAAAAGCCAAGCAGAGAUAUCUGUCAACGUGGAACAUCCAUGAUGAUCCAGUGUCAGGCCGAUAGCCAACUCGCCACAAUGUUCUGGUAUCGUCAGCUCCCAGGAGAGAGCUUGAUUCUGAUUGCAACUGCAAAUCAGGGUGUUAAGGCCACAUAUGAGAGUGGAUUUACUGAGCACAAGUUUCCCAUCAGCCGCCCAAACCUAACCUUCUCAACUCUGACUGUGAGCAAUGUGAGCCCUGAAGAUAGCAGCUUAUACUUCUGCAGCGCUGGAGACACAGGUGUGAACACUGAAGUUUUCUUCGGAGGAGGCUCCAGGCUCACAGUUGUAGAGGACCUGAGUAUUGUGACCCCACCCAAGGUCGCUGUGUUUGAGCCAUCCGAAGCAGAGAUCUCCCGGACCCAAAAGGCCACACUGGUGUGCCUGGCCACAGGCUUCUACCCUGACCACGUGGAGCUGAGCUGGUGGGUGAACGGGAAGGAGGUGCACAGUGGGGUCAGCACAGACCCACAGCCCUCCAAAGAGCAGCCUGCCCUCAAGAACUCCACCUACUGCCUGAGCAGCCGCCUGAGGGUCUCUGCUGAAUUCUGGCACAACCCCCGUAAUCACUUCCACUGCCAAGUUCAGUUCUACGGGCUCGAGGACAAAGACGAGUGGAAACUGGGUGGGAACAAACCCAUCACCCAGAACGUCAGUGCUGAGACCUGGGGCAAAGCAGACUGUGGUCUCACUGCAGUGUCCUAUCAGCAAGGGGUCCUGUCUGCCACUGUCCUCUAUGAGAUUCUGCUGGGGAAGGCCACCCUGUAUGCUGUGCUGGUCAGCGCCCUCGUGCUGAUGGCCAUGGUCAAGAGAAAAGAUUACCAGAAAGGAGAGGAGUGUUUGUCGAGGGAAAUGGUGGGGGGUGGGGGAGAUGGAAUUCUGGGCAGCGGAUUCCCUCUGUGCAACUAUGCAGAGCAGUACUUCGGGCCUGGGACCCGGCUCACUGUGCUAGGAGGCGACCGGGUCCGUGGCGCUCCGAGGGGCAGGAUGGAGAGGAGGGCGGCUGCCCGGCUCCAUCUGGGGCUGAGAGGCGAUGCUGGGCACCUGGGCCGGGGACGAGGGCGAUGGGGUGGGGGACUCAGAGGUGGUGGGGACCCGGGCCCGUGGGCAGCGCCGGUUUUUGUCGUGGGCCUGCGGGCUGUGAGCGGAGACACCCAGCAUUUCGGGCCAGGCACCCGGCUGACGGUGCUCGAGGACCUGAGCAUUGUGACCCCACCCAAGGUCGCUGUGUUUGAGCCAUCCGAAGCAGAGAUCUCCCGGACCCAAAAGGCCACACUGGUGUGCCUGGCCACAGGCUUCUAUCCCGACCACGUGGAGCUGAGCUGGUGGGUGAACAGGAAGGAGGUGCACAGUGGGGUCAGCAUAGACCCACAGCCCUCCAAAGAGCAGCCUGCCCUCAAGAACUCCACCUACUGCCUGAGCAGCCGCCUGAGGGUCUCUGCUGAAUUCUGGCACAACCCCCGUAAUCACUUCCGCUGCCAAGUCCAGUUCUACGGGCUCGAGGACAAAGACGAGUGGAAACUGGGUGGGAACAAACCCAUCACCCAGAACGUCAGUGCUGAGACCUGGGGCAAAGCAGACUGUGGCUUCACCUCCAAGUCCUACCAGCAAGGCGUCUUGUCUGCCACCAUCCUCUAUGAGAUCCUGCUGGGGAAGGCCACCCUGUAUGCUGUGCUGGUCAGCGCCCUCGUGCUGAUGGCCAUGGUCAAGAAAAAGGAUUCCUGAGGCCUGCUCCAAAAGUGCAUCCUGAUUUAUUCUUCAUUCUUACUCGGGAUUUUCCUUGUACCUGCUCCAAGCUGUGUUCCUAAAGAGUGAUCAUCUCUACACCUCUCACCUCCUACCUACAUGGAUGUCUGCCCCUUCUCUCUGCUUCCCUGAAGUUUGAGUUCUCAAUCCCCAAGCCUGAAAUAGAUUAAACAAAUAAAAAUGGCAUGCUGGGCUUGCUUGUAUUUCUGGAGUA